AUACUUGAGAUGAGUUUUAUUUUCUUACUUUUAUUGAAGGUUGGAAAGAAGGUUUUAAAGUAAUUCUUGGAAGUGACCAGGUCAAAUCCGGGAAGCCCUCUCCGGACAUAUUUUUAGAAGCGGCAAAAAGAAUGGGAGUGGAUCCAUUGCAUUGUCUUGUGAUCGAAGACUCACUUGUCGGAGUGAAAGCAGGAAAGGCUGCUGGAAUGAAGGUUGUAGCAGUGCCGUCACUCCAAAUCGAACCCGAUUCAUAUUCUAAUGCCGAUUCUGUCCUUCACUCUCUCCUACAGUUCCAGCCCGAACAAUGGGGUCUUCCACAAUUUGUAGAUUGGAUUAACAAUACGUUGCCUAUUGAACCCAUUCAUCUAGAAGGUGUCUUUAGCAAUGGGCUUCUCCACACAUGUUCAGAUAGUGGAGUAUCUGUUCUUCCUGAUCAAAUAUGGGGACUCUACAUUGGAUGGGUCAAAUUUGAUGGCCAGAAGCUGUUGAAGGCUGUGAUCAGCAUAGGUUGGAGCCGUGUUGCUUGUGGUUCUACGAGGAAAAUUCAACCAUGCAUAAUCAACGAAAGUGAUAUCGACAAAUAUGAUAAUAGUAAGAUGAAGUUGCUGCUUGUGGGCUACCUUCGAAGAUCAUGUAGUGCGGGCAAUAUAUUAAACAGCCUCGACAUACUUGAUGAAGACAAAGUAACUGCCGAUGCUGCGUUAGAUUUGCCUGCAUUUUCGUGUAAAUUAUGCAAAUCUUUCUUUGUGGAUUAGACGAAUGAUUUGGUUGCUUGAGCGUUCUCCGUUGAUUCAUCUAUUGCUCCUUACAAACUACAGUAACUUUACUACGAACGAGUAUGGCCUUCCUACUAGUGAGGACCUUUUUAUUGCAUGUGUAAUACUUUUGAUUUGUUACAAGGAUGAUAAUAUGCGUGGUUUGAGAAACUAUCACACUUUUCGACUUCUCGUAAUGGUGAAUCGUUUUUGUA